GUGUCGCGUCGCGGUUUCCAUGAAAGCUGGGAUCGGGUGUGGGAAGCGGGGCCUGUUGACGAGUGAGCAGUUUUAUACGAAUAUAAUCCUGACCUUUGUCCUGGGUCAUGAUAAAGUUCCUGUUAUCUUGAACUUGAGAAAAUAUAUUUAAUGGUAAUAAUUGGCGGUGUAAUCUGGAAAUGGAUAAGGAACAGGCUGGCAGUUUAUCAGAGAGACCAUGACUUUGGACUACAGUGGCCCUGAUUCUCUGUACUGUUGACACUGACUUCCCCUGGGAAUGCUCCAAGUAUCAAACUACAGCCUGGUACUAUCAGUACAAUUCAUUAUAAUGAUCUUCGAUCUGUUUGCCAAUUCCUUCUCUGAACUUUUAUUAACAGAGCCCGUUGUUCCUCUGAUAAUAUUUGUUAUACAAGACAUUGGAAUCCUCUUUAAUAUCAUCAUCAUCUUCCUUAUGUUUUUCAACACAUUUGUCUUUCAAGCAGGCUUGGUCAAAUUAUUGAUUCACAGGUUUACAGGAACCAUUAUUGUCUCUGGGAUUUACUUUAUUCUGAGUGUCAGCUUUCAUGUUUGGAUUGAGAAUCUGCGGUGGCAAGACCAGCACAAGUUUGUGUGGACGAAUUGGCUUCAGGCAUUUUUUGUCUUCCAACGAUUUGCUGCCGUUUUAUACUAUUACUGCUACAAAAGAACUACUCUUUGCCUUGGAGAUCCUCGAUUAUAUGAAGACUCAGAAUGGCUCCAGAAUGAAUUUUUCCGUGUCCGAAAAUAAGAUCACAGAGCCAUACACAGUGCAAUACUCUAUACUGAAAAUGAAAUUUUUAAACAAGUGCAAAUUAGAAUAAAAAUAGUGCAUAAUAACUUUAAUUUUCCUUGUAUUUCUAGAAAAUAUAAUGUUUAAAAUUGUAAUACAUUAAUAUAAUUAUUCUGAACUUGAGCAGGUAAAGAUGACAAUAAGCAUUUCACUGCUACUUCAUGGAGUUGCUGUAAUUACUUCGUCUGUCAUCAUUAUGAAUUUUGUGGAACUCUCACUCAUCAGAAAGAUGUUUUGCUAGUUUUCUCCAAUAUGAUAUGAAUUUACUGAAGGUAUAUACUUUUGCUGUGGGAUAGUUCUGCAGCACUGUUCAUUUUUUUAAGUACAAAUUUGUUUUGAUUUAAAGUCCAUGCUUUUGCUACUCUGCAUUUGUGUGGUAUUGCUUGUAAAUAACAUUUUUACAGUCACUCCAAUGGGUUCUCUUUAAAAGUAGUUUGAAUGACACCAUAAAGUUAUGUUCUUAAUAUAUGUUCUGCUGAAUUAUUUUCAAGCAUUGUACUUUUUCAGGGAACUGGUUGGUCUAGGAAAUCUGUUGGAAUUUUGCAAUUUCUGUUCUAUAGGACAGGUGCAAACUGGGGAAGGUUGUGUACAUAUUUAAAUUAUUGAUUUAGAAAAUGCAUGCUCAUCUGUGCCCUUGAGCUGGUUCCCACCAAUAACCUUACAAAAUAUGUACCAAGGAUUUUUAUACACUACACAGAAGAUGAGAACAAACAGAUUGACUUGCAAUUAUUUUAAAAUUUUACUUCACAUUUUAAUUUUUGGUGUACGUAUUUUUAAAAUAUUUUUAUUCUUUAUAUAUUUGAGUCAAAAUUGGAUCCAAUAUUUAGGUUUGUUCUGUAAAUUCCAAGUCUGCAAUUUAAUGUGGAAAAUGUGCUACUUAGGAACAUUUAAGUCUUGCUAAUUUUAUCAUUUUGGAUAUUUUGAUUACUGUUCUUGUAUUAAAAUAUUUACCUUUUGAACUAGUUGGAAA